AUGAAGCAGAAACAGCAAGAGAAGCCUCAGGACAAGAGAGACUACGAGAAUAAUGGUGAGUCAUGGUUGAGAGGGAAGACGAUUGGCCGGGGGGGGUUUUCCAGGGUUUCUCUGGCUAUGACGAGGAGAGUCAACACACGUCGAUGCAACUUGCCGCCGAUUAUGGCUGUGAAGUGGGCGGAGAUGCUUCAAUCGGAUAAGCUUCAGGAGGAGAGAGAAGUUCUGGCCGACCUAGAUGGAUGCCCUCAUAUCGUUCAGUGCUUUGGCGAUGAAGUCACCUUUGGGAACAACGGGUUUUACUUCAACUUGCUACUGGAGUACGGUUCUGGAGGAUCUCUAGCCCAACAUAUAAAGAGAUCGAAUGGUGGGUUACCUGAAUCCGAAGUGAAGCGCUAUACGAUGUCGAUUCUUGAAGGACUCGUUUACAUUCAUUCUCGUGGCUAUGUCCACUGCGAUAUCAAGCCUGCCAAUAUCAUUCUCGUUCCUUCCUCUACAUUUGCCUUCACUUUGUCUUCCCGAAAGCGAACGAUCAGGAGCUAUUGCUACGUUGUAAAGAUUGCAGAUUUUGGAUUAGCGAAGAAGGUUCAGCAGAAGAAAUUGAAGAGGGGUUGGAGAGGCACUCCUCUGUACUUGUCGCCGGAAGUUGUUAGAGAUGGCAUACAGGAGGCUCCCGCUGAUAUAUGGGCUCUAGGUUGCACUGUCGCAGAGAUGAUAACUGGGAAGCCGGCAUUGAGUUGCAAAGUCGGUUCGGAUAUUAGUUGUAUUCUGUUUCAGAUAAGCUCUGGUCAUUCCUUGCCAGAAGUACCCAGUGAGAUGUCAGACGAGGGCAAGGAUUUUCUGAAUAUGUGUUUCAUGAAGAAUGCUGAGUUGAGAUGGACAGCGAAGAUGCUCUUGAAUCACCCAUUCAUUGCAGGAGAUGGUAUUUAA